AUGGCGACUCCACCGCACAUUCCCAAGUCUCAGGGACUGCGCUUCCAACAGCAGGGGAAUGCUGCUUACGCUAAAGCUUCGGCUGCUAAGGAUGCGGCUGCUAAGGAUGCCCUCCUCUCUCGUCGCAAUGCGCUGUUGCAGGAUUAUGCUAAGAUGCACCAGAAACCUGCUUGGUCACCAUCCAUCUCGGCCGCCUUCCGCUUCCUCAUCAUCAUCCGCGUAUCGUCCGCCAUGUACUCAGUCAUCAAGGACUGCGACGAGACGUUCGGUUACUGGGAACCGCUUCACCUUCUCGUCUUUGCGCGCGGUCAACAUCACGCAUCCGUGCCCUUCCAAACCUGGGAAUAUUCGCCUCAGUUCGCGAUUCGAUCUUGGGCUUUCAUCGCACAGUACUGGCCUCUUACCAAAUCGCUUGCCUACUUUGGUGUUGGCAAACGUCAAAUCUUUUUCGCCGUUCGCCUGCUUCUCGCCUUUGUCUCUUCCUUUGUAGACGCCAGGUUCUACAAGGCGGUUGCCGAUGUCUUUAGCGCUAGGGUGGGACGCUACUGUCUCAUUGCUCUGGCUACCAGCGCUGGUAUCUACGAAGCUUCCACUGCUUUCUUGCCCUCCACUUUUGUCAUGCAUGCUACUACCCUGGCCUUUUCCUCCUGCCUCUACCCGGCACGACUCCCCUCGUCGCACCCGUCGGUUCUCUCGAAUCCAUCGCAGCGACCUUUCCGAUCCGAGCGCCUCCUGCUCGCCGCAUUUUCGUUCGCUACGGGUGCCAUCAUCGGUUGGCCUUUCGCCAUCAUCCUCGCACUUCCGUUUGUUAUUGAACAGCUCCUCCUCCGCGGCGACGACAUUGUUGCAAACGGCAAUUAUUCAAACUGGGUCAUGUCUAGGUGGUCGACUGCAAUUGGCGCCGCUGUUCUCUCUACCAUUCUUGGACUGCCUGCCGUUGCCAUUGACACCCUGGCAUACGGCAAGCUCUCCUUUGUGCCACUCAACACUGUCCUCUACAAUCUCUUUUCCAGGAGCCGUGGCGCUGGUCCUGAGCUCUAUGGCACCGAACCACUCACCUACUAUUUCUCCAACCUGCUCCUCAAUUUCAACGUCUUCUUUCUUCUUGCUCUGCUUUCACUUCCUCUCAUGCUUGUCACCGCAAGGCUGGAUCCCAAACGCUUCCAAAGGCCAAUGCUCGAAACCAAGAAAGGCCACGCGUCGACGGAAGAACCGUCGAGCCUCUUCUCGCUUGCGCUUCUCCGCAUUGCUCCUUUCUACCUUUGGUUCAUUCUGCUCAGUGUGCAGCCACACAAGGAAGAACGCUUCAUGUACCCGGCCUAUACGCUACUCUGCCUCAACGCCGCCGUCUCUCUCUACCUGAUCCGCUCACUUGCCGAAGUUGGCUUUGUUCAGGUCACAAAGUCUCCUUACCGCGCUUCCAAAUCGAGCGUAUUUACGACCAUCACCUCUUCGGUGCUUGCGAUUGCGAUUCUGCUUGGCGUCUUGCGAUCUGUGGGCCAGCUGAACCACUAUCAUUCACCGUUUGAUGUUCUGUUUCACUUUGAAGGGUACGAGCUGCCUCGCGUGGUUGCCGACGUGUUCCCGGAAACGCUCAGCCCGGCGAUCCAGCAGCGCAUUGCACGCGGUCUCUCGCCAGUCGCUACGGAGCAGGAGAAGGAGUACAACGACCGAGGCUACGGAGCUGAGAACAAGGGUGUCAGUGUUGACCUCUCGAUCCACCUCACACCAUUGUCGACGCUUGACAAGCCGGUUAGGCUGUGCUAUGGCAAGGAAUGGCACCGGUUCCCCACCCACUUCCUCGUCCCCGCGGGCGUCGAGGUCGAGUGGAUCCAGAGCGACUUCGACGGCAUUCUUCCCAAGCAUUUCGAUGUGGACGGAGCUUCGGCGGUCGAGCAUGCGGACGCUGUAGCGCAUACUCUCGAAACGUUGCUUGGCUGGGCUUGGCCGUGGUCCUCGAUUACGCGGCGUGUUCAGCGCGGAUUCAAUGAUCUCAACCAGCAAGAGAUGGACCGAUACGUCGACGUGUCCACGUGCGACUAUCUUGUAGACCUCGACCUACCGCAUCGAAGCUUGGUUUCGGGCGCAGAGUCGCGCUACGAGCCUCGCUAUGCUAGCAUGAGUGACGAGUGGGAUCGCGUGUUUUGCGGCGCUUUUCUCGAUGCCGAAUUCAGCCGCGCAGUCGUGGAUCCGCGCGAGCGGUUGCUCACCACGCUGGCGCGUAAGGCUGGCGCUGCCAUGCAUCGAGCUUUUUGGCUGCCCACGUCGUGGCCGGGCAACGCUAACCUGUACGGCGACUACUGUCUCCUUCGCAAUCGCCAGAGCAGGUUCAAGCCCGCCGCCUCCACCACCUAA